AAAAAAUAUAAGACAAAUGGCAACUUUUGGGAAGAGAUUUUCCAGCACACUCUCAAGAAAAAGCAGAAAUAACUCUAAAAUGCUUAACUGAACUCAAGACCAAUGUGAAAAGUGAACUCAAGCGCUUAGACAGAUUAUUUCCUGAAACAACUGAUUUUCAUCCCUAGGGAAAAACUUAGUGAAGAUUCUAAUGACUCAGCUGAAAAAUCUAGACUCAAGCAACCCCUGAAAUUCAUUGACACUAGAAAGUAGCUACAACCACGGUCAUGUAAGCCAAUACGACCUGGACCAAACGAGAGAUAUGGGCCAGAACAAGACGACGCAUAAUCUGCCUAGUAAUGGUUUUUCUGCUUAUAAACUUAACAUUCCGAUGGCUCAGAAGUAUGAGACUCCGAAGGCACUUCCUAAACCUCUUGGACAUUCAGUAGUCGUUGAUGCUGAUGGAUCCUUUAUAUCAAAUGAUGACCUUAGUGAGAAGAAAUCUAACCUUUCAAGGGUUAAGAGCCUGAGACCAGGCCCUCACAUAAUUCAGAAGAUGAAGAAGAACUCGAGCUGAGUAAAGAGUAGGAGUAAAUUUAAGGUGAUCUCUAAUGUGCUUAAGAGAAACAGACGGUCCUCGAUGUCGAAGAAGCAAAUUAUAAAGAAAUCAAUAGGUUUAUUGAAGCAAGGCUUAUUGAAAAAAUUAACAGCUGAUCUCAAUAGCAUUGGAGGUCAUAAAAAAAGUUUGCUAAUCUUAGAACCCAAGCCUAAGAGGAAAUCAGCUCAAGUAAAAAAUUCCAAAAUUAAAGCCAAGUCUCCAAACCAACUUCAGCUUCCCCAAAAUGACGAGCAAAAUAGCAUGAAUGGCUCUUUCAGACUAAGCGAUGGUCUUAGGAGCAUAACAAGCAAAGAUUCUAGCUGGCUAUCAAGAAAAUCUUAAAAUAAAAUCAAUCUCUAAUUAUUCACUAAUUCUUAUUCCC